AUGGAAGCCAACCCCGAAGUCCAGACCGAUAUCAUCACGCUGACCCGGUUCAUUCUGCAGGAACAGAACAAGGUGGGCGCGUCGUCCGCAAUCCCCACCGGAGACUUCACUCUGCUGCUCAACUCGCUGCAGUUUGCCUUCAAGUUCAUUGCCCACAACAUCCGACGAUCGACCCUGGUCAACCUGAUUGGCCUGUCGGGAACCGCCAACUCCACCGGCGACGACCAGAAGAAGCUGGACGUGAUCGGAGACGAGAUCUUCAUCAACGCCAUGAAGGCCUCCGGUAAGGUCAAGCUGGUGGUGUCCGAGGAGCAGGAGGACCUCAUUGUGUUUGAGGGCGACGGCCGAUACGCCGUGGUCUGCGACCCCAUCGACGGAUCCUCCAACCUCGACGCCGGCGUCUCCGUCGGCACCAUUUUCGGCGUCUACAAGCUCCCCGAGGGCUCCUCCGGAUCCAUCAAGGACGUGCUCCGACCCGGAAAGGAGAUGGUUGCCGCCGGCUACACCAUGUACGGUGCCUCCGCCAACCUGGUGCUGUCCACCGGAAACGGCUGCAACGGCUUCACUCUCGAUGACCCUCUGGGAGAGUUCAUCCUGACCCACCCCGAUCUCAAGCUCCCCGAUCUGCGAUCCAUCUACUCCGUCAACGAGGGUAACUCCUCCCUGUGGUCCGACAACGUCAAGGACUACUUCAAGGCCCUCAAGUUCCCCGAGGACGGCUCCAAGCCCUACUCGGCCCGAUACAUUGGCUCCAUGGUCGCCGACGUGCACCGAACCAUUCUCUACGGAGGUAUGUUUGCCUACCCCGCCGACUCCAAGUCCAAGAAGGGCAAGCUCCGACUUUUGUACGAGGGUUUCCCCAUGGCCUACAUCAUUGAGCAGGCCGGCGGUCUUGCCAUCAACGACAACGGCGAGCGAAUCCUCGAUCUGGUCCCCACCGAGAUCCACGAGCGAUCCGGCGUCUGGCUGGGCUCCAAGGGCGAGAUUGAGAAGGCCAAGAAGUACCUUCUGAAAUGA